AUGUCAUCAUCUGUCACUGUAAAUGUUCUUGCUCUGAGUAUCUGCACACACAAAGCGUAUCAGUCGAUGAAAGAGAGAAAUGUGGAUGAUGGACACAUCGUAAACAUAAACGGCAUGUGCGGACAUCGUGUAAUUACCAAUCCUGAUCUACAUUUCUACACCGCCACAAAGUAUGCUGUAACCACUCUGACAGAGGGCCUGCGGCAGGCGCUGCGUGUAGAAAACAGCCAUAUCCGAGCCACAGGUAUUUCUCCCGGUUUGGUGGAGACAGAAUUUUUGUCACGGUUCUACAAAAACAAUCCUUAUAAAAGCACCUGGUGCAUACUCUGCAUACAAGUAACAGAUGUUGCCAAUGCUGUUACGUAUGUGCUCAGUGCCCCUCUUCAUGUUCAAAUCGGAGAUGUUCGGAUGCAAGGUACGGAGCAGGUUUAG